CAGCCUGAAGCCUCUACUCAACCUGAAGCCUCUACUCAGCCUGAAGCCUCUACUCAGCCUGAAGCCUCUACUCAGCCUGAAGCCUCUACCCAGCAUGAUGAACUGAUCCAGCCUGACGAUCCUAUUAGGCCUGACGACUCGGUGCCCGCUGUUCCGCCAGACGACUCGGUGCCCGCUGUUCCGCCAGACGACUCGGUGCCCGCUGUUCCGCCAGACGACUCGGUGCCCGCUGUUCCGCCAGACGACUCGGUGCCCGCAGUCUUGCCAGACGACUCGGUGCCCGCAGUCUUGCCAGACGGCUCGGUGCCCGCAGUCUUGCCAGAUGGCUCGGUGCCCGCAGUCUUGCCAGACGGCUCGGUGCCCGCAGUCUUGCCAGUUGACUCGGAGCCCACUGUCGUGCCUGGUGACUCGGUGCCCGCCGCUCCGCCUGGGGGCCUGAGACCUGUCGCUCCGCCUGGGGGUCCGGUUGCCGCUCCGCCUGGGGGCCAGAUGCCUGUCACCCCGCCUGGGGGCCCGAUGCCUGUCGCCCCUCCUGGGGCCCGAUGCCUGUCG